AGUCGGUAAAGGAACACGCCUACAUUAGUUUGCUUUUCGCUGUAGUUUAAUUUCAACAAAAAUGCGGAGUGUAGAUAGAGAAAACCUUUACCAGCAGCAGGAGCUAGAGGGUAGUAGCAGUGCCGCCUCCACCCCCGGGGAUGUUAUCACCACCACCUCCUUCCAGACAGAGACGCCCACCACACCCCUCCCACCACCAUCACCUCGCACGAUAACUACAACUGAUAGCAUCCCCCCCCUAGAGGACAUGCUUGGGCCGCCGCCUGCUUACUCCUUCCAGCCGCCUGAGAUGAGCCCAUCGGAACCCAUGCCAGGACCUCCACCUUCGUACGAUGAAUGUCACAACCUUAAUGUCCCUCCACCCACCUAUGAGUCACUCUUUGGGCGAGUCAGAGAAGUCCAGAAGAGUUCAAAUGGUCUUGUAGACUUCAUCAAGAAUCUGAUCAUCUUAUUUUUGGGAACAAUUGGCUGUACAGUGAUGAUCAGUGUGACAAUUGUGAUUCCAAUCUUCAUGAUCAUCGUUGGAUCCCUCAAAAUGGAUGAAUGUCCGGCAGAGAAAAUGAUCCCUAUUUAUCUGGUCAUUGGAGGAACAUUUGGAGUUGUAAAGAACUUGUUGGACCUACAAGGGAGGCUUCGCCGUCCACUGGCAGAAGACGAUGGAGGUGAAAGUCAUGAUGGACCAAUUCCAUGGCACCGGAGAUUGCAGUUUACCGGGGCCAUCAAUUUCUUCUUGUGUAUCUGGUUCAUUUUAGGAUGUGUGUGGGUGUAUCGAAUCUAUGAGCCCAACUAUGUUGAAGGUUCUCAUGAUUAUUGUGACUUCACCCUGUACCAGUUUGCCUUCUGGCUGAUCACAUCUGUCUACAUCGCCGUGGGCCUUCUCACCUCUUGUAUGUGCUGCCUGUCUGUGGCAACAGUUGUCAUGCAGCAUAAUCGGAUGAAUGGAGCCCAGGUUUGAGUUUGGCCUUGAGAUUCAUCAGUAUAAGAAAAGUACUGUAUCUCUUUGCUGUGAUUGUUUUUCCUUUAAAUGAUUGGCCUCUUUUUAAAUGUGUGUAUAGUUGUGAUUUUUUUUUUAUAUAUACAAGAAUGAGUGGUUUUUCUUUGUACGUAAACAGAAAGGAUCCUAAAUCAAAAGAAAUAUUAUCACCUAAGAGUGAUAUAAAUGUAGUGAUAUUUCUGUAGUUUGUAUUGGUUUUAAAAUUUCUAGUCACUGUUGCAUUUGAAUCAUACAUUUUGAAUUGUUGAAAGCUACUUCAAAAUGGUAGCAGACAAGAAAGGAAUGUUGUAAGGACUGUUAAUUGUUUAUGUAGUGUCUUUUGUCAUACAUAUUACUUUUGUUGAAUUAGCCAUAAAAUCACAUUAAGAUUUUAUCAUAUUUUUCAACAUAUCAUUUUACUUUGUUCUUCGUGCAGCUGUAUAUUCCAAGUCAAACCUGGCUAUGUAGCCAUUUUAUAGUUAUAAUAACUCUAGAUUGGCUGUUGUAAACACAUCGCCGAUACUAGGGUCAACACGUACUGCCUAGAAUGUGUUCUCACUUUCCCCAUAGAUCUGAACGUGAUACCAGUGUUUAAAUUUGAGUGAAUCUUCCAAAUCAAAGACAGUGUUUAUUCGGUCAUAGUGCUUAUGGCAUUCAAGAAAAAAGACAAGAUUCUGCCUUAGAAACAAACUUAUGAAAAAAAAAGAUAGUGAGGAUAGAAGAAACCCUCCCCCCUUAAGAAAUGAAGGAAAGAAAAAAUUCAUGCAUUCCCAAUACAUGGCACAAUUGGGGGUUUGCAUGAACCAGUAUUUUUGUUAUACAGGCCAAUUAGCACAAGUAUUUGGCCUUCCUUUAACUUCGGUAGGCUUAUGAUCCUCAUUUGUAGUUUUGUAUGGUUUUUAUAUCGUAGCAAUUCUUUACCUGAUGGCUGUCUUUCUUGACUAGAAACCCUUUCGGGUGAUAUUGCCUCUCUUAGCAAAGAAAAUAUAGUAUUACAAGUUACCAUGAUAAGUCACAUAAAUGUGCACAAGAUAACUACAACAUGCCAUGCCUCUCAUGGCUCUAAGUGAUGAGUGUAUGGCCUUGUGUCAUUAGUCAUAUGUCUCAAAAGUGCCAUAGGUUGCAUGGGACGAAAGUAUUAUGAGUGAAGAGAAACUGAUAAAAGACAUACCACAUGAACAAGAACUGUCCCUUAAUCAAAGGGAUUGAAAGUUCCGUGCAUCUCAUCCUCACAGGACGUGAUUUCACCAAAAGUUGUCAUUAGUUUUUAUUUCUCCAAGGUGUCCUUUUCCCAAGUGCAACAAAAUGUUAGUCAGGUUAAGCAAUUAGUGUAAAUCUUUUGAUACUAUUGUAGUUCAUUGAAAAUGACUCAAGGUUUGUGGACUAGUGCCAAGAUUCACAUUGAAGUAGAUGAUUUCAAGUACAUGUGUUGAGAUUCAUCUUUCAGAGUUUCCAUUACUUGUACAAUAGAUAUUUUUCCCAUUAUGUUUCACAGUUUAUGUACUAGAUGUUAUGUUUCCAUAAUAGCAUGCAGGGCACUGGUCAUUAUCAAAGCAUCAAAGGAAUGGAUCUUUCAGUUUUGCAGUUUGUAUGAUAUUACCACAUUAGUUAUCACAGGCUUCAGAUAUAUGUAAUUUAUGUGGUGUUUGGUCAUGUCACAUUUGUCAAAUCUGGCAAAGAGUAUGUAAUGUCAUUUGAGUCAUUUAUGGUUGACAAUCACAUUGGAGCCUAAGUAACUAUAUUAUUUUACAGUAAUCCUUCGAUUAAUGAAACCCCCCAGCAGGUUUUGCAUAUGACUUACACAAAUAGAGUAAUAAAUUAAUCCAGUAUUAGAAAGAAAAAAAUAAGUAAUAGCAAAUUUACUGUGCAAUUGAUUUUUGUAUUUCAGCUGGCAACAGUGUAAGAAGUAUAUGAUUUGCUUUAUUGAUUUGUUUGGCACUUAUGUGAAGCACUAAUUACACUCAUUCACUUUUCCUAGAUAUGUAAGUAAACAUUUGUCUUCAAUAAUUCGAUCCAUUUUUUAUAUACAUGCUUUUAUUUUCAAAUGAACAUGACAUUGUGGAUUACUGUUAUCAUCAUGCCAUACACAUUAAAGAGAUGAAUGGUAAAUACAUUGAACAUGAGCCAUACAGGUAAUAUUCUAAUUUGCCAAAAUUGAUUAAGUAGACAACAGCAGACACUAAUAGCAAAUAAGCAUAUGAUUACACCUGAAGUAAAUCGGAGUGAAAGUUGGUUUGCAUACUUACACUGGUAUUAUGAUUUUAUGUAAUUUAAACAGUUUAUUUUAUGAGUCAGGUGCAUAGUUCUGGUGAAAGGAGAGUAUGAAAAGUGGUCUCAGGCAUACACAGACUUGCAGGUUAUUUACUAUUAUAGUCUUUUCUACUUACCUACAUUCUUGCACCCAAGUGUUCAUUUGUAUAUUUUUUUUAUGAAAUAAAGUAUUGCACAUGUUAAUUAGA